AUGUUCACCACCAUCACUGCUAUCCUGGCUGCCUCUGCUGCCACCGUCUCUGCCGUUGCGGUCCCCCGCGGCGCUGGUAAGAGCGGAAGCGCAAGCGUCACUCCCCACGAGCAAUACUCUUCCUCCAUCGGCGUGCUGGGCUGCCUCAUCAACACCAACCGUGUUGCCUACUGGCCCAUGGGCGUUGACUGCGACAACAUCUGCGUCAAGGUCACCAACGGCGACCGAAGCCUCCACCUCCUCAAGAUCGACCAGUCCGGCGGCGCCUACGACAUCUCCUACGAUGCCUGGAACUACCUUGGCUUCGGCGAGGGCGCCCAGCAGGACCCCCACACCGGCGGCGGCAUCGACAUGACCUACGAGUUCGUCGAUGCCAGCGAGUGCAGCGACCUCCUCCACGACGGCAAGCUGCCCCUGUCCGCCUCCAACAGCAUGAACUACGUGGCCAGCUGCAUGAGCGAGCCCAACAGCUGGGUCAACAAGAACCACGAGCUCAUCAACAUGGCCGAUCCCCUCUGCAAGUACGGAUACGACGAGGUCUGCACUCUCGAUCUCAGCAAGAGCAACCAGCCUUCUUGCCCUCACACUCUGGGUGCGCAGGUCGCCUACAGUGGCAAGGGCGUCACCAACAUUGCUUACGGCACCGGCAAGACCGAGGCUGCCCAGUAG